AGGAUGAUGAAGUUUAGGGUAGCUUGUCUUCAGCUAAAUCCCAAAAUCGGCAGCUUUAAUGAAAAUGCUAAGAGAGCAUCGCUGAUACUCAGUAAUUACUUCAGUAAACAUGAUAGCUUGUCCAAAAAGAAACUUGAUUUGAUUGUUUUGCCCGAGUUUUCAUUGACUGGAUAUAACUUUUCCAGUAAAGACCAUAUUAGACCAUACUUGGAAAAUAUUUCAAAGGGCAUUGAGCUGAAUAAUUUUGAUGAUUGUCCCUCAAUCAGCUGGGCUAUCGAUCUAUCAAACAAGUAUAAAUGUUUCACAUUAAUUGGAUAUCCUGAAAUACAUAAUGGCAAAAACUUCAAUUCCACAUGUUUAGUUCAUCCCAAUGGUUCCGUCGCCUUCAAUUAUAGAAAAUCCUUUUUAUAUGACACAGAUUACCAGUGGGAUUGUCAGGAGAAUCCCAAUGGAUUUCAAGUGUUUCCUGUUAAUUUAAGUGAUUCGGUCGAAGGUGCCAAUGAUAAAAAUACCAAAAAGACUAAUGUAUCAAUAGGAAUUUGUAUGGAUUUAAACCCUUAUAAGUUUGAAGCACCCUUUAUGGAUUUUGAAUUUUCAACUUUUUGCAAAACAAACCAUUGUUCUUUGAUCUUAUGUCCAAUGGCAUGGUUGAAUUCAAGCUCCCCAUCAUUAAUUCCUGAUAAAAAAUCAAAUCAAUUGAAUGAGAAAAAAAACUAUUAUAAAAACAUAUUUGAUGCUUAUGAGAAAGAUGGAAAUGAAUCCAACAUUGAAUACAAUUGUGACAAUUCAAACACAAUAACGAAAAAUAAUUUUAAUUUUGAUACUCAAAAUGAAAAAUUUGAUUACUUUAAAAAGAAUUAUUCAAAUUUGAAUUAUUGGAUCUUAAGGUUUUUUCCAUUUAUUAACACGAUCUAUUAUAAAAAUUCCAUCGAAUCAUUUUAUUUACCUCAAGAUAAAAACGAGUCAACUCAUGUUAUUAUUUGUAAUAGAGUUGGAAUAGAAGAUGAUAUAUUAUAUGGAGGAUCCUCUUCAAUUCUAAAAUUUAACGGAAAAUCACCAUUUGCUUCCAAAGACCCUGGCAAUGAUUUUUCCGAAUAUGAUAUUACCAAUUCAAGUAUUGAAAUAUUAGGAAGUCUAAAUAUGGGUAAUGAAGGUAUAUUAGUGAGAGACAUUGAUAUAAGCACCACAUGAUAAAAGAAUAGUAUAAUAGUUUUUAAGUGUGUAGUCAAUACAUGAGAAAAUUAAAAGAUAAUCCGGUUUUUCCGUUGUGCAUGAAGAAGCAUUGUAGAUCUGUGUCAAAAAGGCACCAAAGAACAAUAAAAACUAAAACAUCCCCGGCUUUAAAUGUGGCAUAAUAAAGAAUCUUCUUAAAAAAAAG